CGCACUCUUUAUAUUUCUCCCUUCCCCGUUUCUUGUCAAAAGACAGAAGCGCCCAGAUCGCUCAAGCCCCUCUGCUUCCUGUCUGCAAUUUGCCCGACGCCAAUAUGACAACUUCAAGGCGCCUUGCGGAUAGGAAGAGUGCAAAGUUUCAGAGCAACAUCACCAAGAGAGGGGCUAUUCCCGAAACAAGUUCGAAGAAAGGGAAGGACUAUCCCGUGACGCCCUUUGUGCUCGGCUUCUUCAUAUUCGUUGUGAUCGGAUCAUCAUUGUUUCAGAUCAUAAGAACAGCUACGAGCGGUGGCAUGGCUUGAAUCUAGAUGUUGAAGGGUGUAGCGUAGUUGGAGGGUGGUGAAGAACUUGGGGUAGCAUGAAUUUAAUUUGUCAGCUGUGGAUAUGGUAGUUCUUGAAUUUUGAUGGAACUGAGAUCAUAAAUAAAAUGGCAGUCUUGUGAACUGCCAUGCUAUUCUUGGUUUAAGAA